AACAAAUUUUGUACCACGACAUUUAAUGUCUGGCUGUAUAGGACUUAUUCUCUGCGUUUAGUCUGCCGAUCGCUCUCGAUUAAAAAAGAUAUGUGACCAUUUAUAAUGUGGAUUAGUAUCUUCUUAUCAAGGCAAUGCGCGUGUGCUCGUAAAAAAAUAAACGACAAGUUGACCCACUAACACUACAGUCUCGAGCUCUGGCAACGAUAAACACACGUCAUCCAGUAGCUUCAGUCGCAUGGUCGAGUUCGCUGCCAUCGAACGCGGACCACCGAUGACGAACUCGAAGAGCUCGCGGUUGUCAUCCAGAGUUCAAGAAGAAAGACUAUUGUUGCUACCGCGGAUUAACAAUAGCAAGCUCAGCAGUCUGAGCGAUUCUGUACAGAUGCGUGGAAAAAUGGCAAACGAAAAGGACCAGAUGGUUGGAAAAAUCGAGCUGAAGAGAGAGCUAGGACUUUUCAGCGCAGUUAGCAUUAUCCUGGCGGUGAUGAUCGGUUCCGGCAUUUUUGUAUCGCCCACCAGUGCACUUGAGCGGUCAGGAUCUGUGGGAUUUUGUCUAAUCGUUUGGAUCAGCUGCGGCGUGCUGUCUCUGUUAGGUGCGUUGGCUUUUGCCGAGCUAAGCACCGUGGUACCACGUUCCGGUGCCGAAUAUGCAUACUUUAUUGAAGCUUUCGGACCAUUACAUCCUUAUGCUGGUCAAAUACCAGCGUUCACUUGUUCCUGGAUUUACGUAAUGCUACUGCGACCAGCGGAGGUAGCGGUGAUCAUAUUGACUUUCGCGGAGUACAGUGUGCAACCGUUCUCCGGAUACCUCAGCAAUCUAUCCGACGACUCUAUGGCGACUUUGAAGAAACUCUUGGCGGUCAUGGCGCUUGCUGUAAUAACAUACAUCAAUCUCAUUAGCGUGAAACUUUAUGUAAAGGUACAAAACGUGUUUACUGUAUGUAAAAUACUCGCCUGUAUUGUGGUGAUCGGCGGUGGGAUAUAUUGGCUAGGUACAGGUCACGUGGAACUCCUCAAGGAUCCCUUUCGUGGCACAACCACGUCAGCCGGUAACAUUGCUCUGGCUUUCUACAGCGGUCUCUGGGCAUACGAUGGCUGGACCUCGGCUGCGAUUGUUACAGAGGAAAUUCAGAGACCCGAGGUCAAUAUCCUUAGGAGUACCCUUAUCGCGGUACCUGCUAUCACCGUACUGUAUGUAUCUAUGAACUUGAUGUACAUGGCAGCGUUGACGACAUCGGAGAUGGUGAGCGCGCCAGCAGUGGCGGUUCUUUGGGCAGACCGAGUGCUACCUUCUUGGAUGAGUUUCGCAAUACCACUCGGUGUAGCGUUGUCGACCUUCGGAUGUGCGCUUAGCGUGCAAUUCAGCGUGUCCAGAUUAUGUUUCGUCGCAGGCAGAGAAGGCCACGUGCCAAGAGUCUUCAGUUACGUUCAUAUGGUGAAGAUGACACCGGCUGCCGCAGUAAUCUUUCAGGGCAUACUCUCGUUAUUGUGCCUGCUACUGGGUGAUAUAAUCGCUCUAAUUGAAUUUGCCAGUUUUCUUAUGUGGGUGUUUUAUGGAUUAGCGAUGAUAUCGCUUAUAAUCAUGAGGCGGACCAAACCAAAUGCUCCUAGACCAUAUGCUGUGCCUAUCGUGAUACCUUGGCUAGUGUUAGCCAUCUCUAUCUUCCUUGCAGUACUACCGAUAGUUUAUGAACCGUCGACGAAAUAUCUUUUCGCGCUGGCAUUUAUUCUAUGUGGUAUCGUUGUGUACCAUAUUUUUGUAUACAAGAAGAUAAAAAAUACUUUAUCAGCCAAACUGACAUACUUCAUACAAGCAUUAUGCCUAGUUGUUGCACCAGAUAAACAAGAAGACUGAUAAAAUAUUUCUUAAAUCUAUUAUUAAUAAAAAUAAAUACAUAAAAUAUUUGCUCACAUUUUUACUCUGUGUUAUAUAUGCAUUUCGUAAUUCGCAAAAAAAUAGCGCUAUUAUGUAUUUUAUAUACUUUUUUAUUGC